AUGGCUAGUGAGGAGAGUUUUGUUGUUCUGGUUCGCCACAGAGGAUCCAUAAAGAGGAAAACUCGUUCCGGAGUGAAGUUCACAGAUAAAGAUCCUCUCUGUAUUGUCGUAACUCCUCGGACAAGCUAUGAUGACCUUGUUAGAUCUGUACUGACGAAGCUCGAUCUGGAAGAUGCGAAGCGGGUGAAGAAGUUUUUCUAUCGCAUUCCAGUCACGGUGCUCCAGGAUACCGCGAAGUAUGAUUGUUUCACGAUUAGUAGUGAUGAGGACUUACAGGUAAUGUUUCUUUGUCGGCGGCAGUUUUCGGAGGUCAGGACCCCAGAGUUGUUGGCAAAGCUGGUUGAUGUGGUAUCCAGCUCAGGUGGUUCGAACCGGAAUACCACCACUUUAGCCACACCAGCCGGUUCUAGUUCCCGGCCUGCCGUUGCUUCUUCCUCCGUCGCUGUUUACCAGCCAGUUGUCCAAGCUGUCGCCUCCCCGUCUUUUGCUGUUGAUCUCAACGGCAGCGUAGGUAAAGACGUACAUUCAAGGAAAAAUCUGCCGGACGAUUUACUUGGCGUUGGAGACGGAGUGUUGGGUGAUGCAGAUGAGGAUGACGUCGAGCCGGAUAUGAUUGACGAUGACAGCGGCGAUGACAUUGGACCGAGUGAGCCUGCAUUGGCGACGGGUGGUUCUAGCACUGGCACACAGCAGUAUCCACCACAUUUUUCCUCUUUGGACUUGGAUGCCAUGAGGCAGGAGGGGGUUUCUGGGCACUCUGUUGGAUUCGGAGCUAGAGAUGCGGAAGGGACUGCUGGUCUGACAGAGUUCCAGGUUGGUCAGCAAUUUCAGGAUAAAGAUGAGGCCCUUCUAAGUGUGAAGACUUACAGCAUCCGGCGAGGGGUACAGUACAAGGAAUCUGUGGAUAUUGAGCAAUCUAAACCUGACUCCAAACCUGACCCAACUGAGAAAAUGGGCGACAGCGGAGGCGGGGACACUGUUGGUGGAGGCAGAGGCCCCGCUGGACUGCUAAAGAUGAAUUUGUCAUCACGAGUGGAAGUGGAAGCGACAGGGACACUGUUGGUGGAGACAAAAGCGCCGCUAGACUGCUGA